GGUCUGAGCCUCUUCGCGUCCUUUAUGUUCGUAACUGGUUUUACUAUGUAUUUCAACAUGAGGCUACACAGGACAUGCAUUUUUCUGUUCAUGAACAUCGUCCUGGUCACAUCGGCCAGAGAACCAUCGUGCCCGGCGUGUUCAAGAUAUGACUUUGAAGAGCGCCUUCUUGAGAGGGUCCUCCGCAAUAAACUGGUCAUCGAAACAAUGCUGAAGGAAACACGCGAGACUAAUAUCAAGGUGGAAUCUGCCAUUAAGUUGAUGCACGAGGACAGAGGUAAACUAGCGGAUUCUCUAAAUGGUUUGGAAAAAUCGAAUACAGAAAUGGAUACAGAGAUGAAGGGAAAGUUGCAAGGUGCUCUUAAAAAUAUGUCCGAUUCUCUGGCAUUCGUGGAACAUUUGCAAGAAGAAAUGGGGACCAAAUUAGACAACACAAUCAAAACCGUGAUGACAAAUAUAUCUGAUGCUUUAGCAUAGAUGACACAAAAUGCGUCAAUCACGGGGUUGCAGUUGAAGAAGGAAAACGAAAUUUUGAAAGACCAGUUGACGAUUCCAUUUAUUUAUUUCCAUGCAAAUGCACCAGCAGCUUACCACCUUGUGACCGGUCAAGACGUUAUCUACACUGAUGUGCGGGUCAAUGAAGGUCAAGGGUAUGACCCGAAAACCGGCAUUUUCACCGUGUCUGUCCCAGGACUGUAUCUAUUUACAGUUCACUACAAUGUUUAUUAUUCAACAUAUACUUACCUCGCAAUCACCCAUCAAGGAAUUCAGAUACAGCCAUCUUUCUCUCAUUCAGUGAGCGGCGAGUUCGCGACCUUUUCUAUGCAGGUCUUCAUUAGGGCCGCCAUGUCAGACAAGAUCUGGGUGGAAUCCACACACAGAGAUACCAAGUUACAUGGUAGUGAUCCUCACAAUUCGUUUAGCGGUGCACUGAUUCACAUGUGAACUAAUGUCACCUGCUGUAUACAGAAACAUGUGUUUUGGUUACUUUAUCGUUCUUACAAUAACCGAUAUGUAAACGUGAGAAAACUAUGUUAUUGUUCAUAUCGUCGCUUGAUUACGGUUAAUUGUGUUGCUAUUUACAAACAUGAUUAAUAAACUCGGAUGAUAACUUAAUAAUUGCUUUAAAUAAGCUUUGUCGUAAUUAUUUAUGGGUCGAAAAAUACGUAAAUAGUGUUGCUCACUUCCCAACAUUUGGCAUACGCAAACAUACGUAAAACCUUUGUCAGGCUUUGUGUUAAACAUUCUUAUGAGGUUAAACAUGCACACAUAUAGAGUUUUUUAGCAGCAAGCACGUUCCGAUGCAUGUUAAAUUUGCAAACUAUGCGAAUUAAGAAUAACGAACGUUGCGCAUAUAUCGGUCGAGUGAAAUGAUCUUCGUGAAAUUAAAACAGCUUUGCUUAAAAUACAAUUAAAGUAUAAAUUACGUUUUUAAUAACACACAUGAAUCACGUGGUCACAAUAUGAGGAUCACGUUUACUAUACGUUGAUCAUGUGCUUAUCAUAAGGAACUUAAAGGAUCAAUACGAUUAACCUAUACGCCGUACUCUGUGAAAAGUGAGUUUCGUGCAUGUGCGCAAAGUGUCGUCCCAGGUUAGAAUGUCCAGUCCGCACAGGCUAAUCAGGAACAAAACUUUCCGCUUUUAUAAUAUUUUUCGUUUUAAGAAAGUCUCUUCUUAGCAAAAAAUCCAGGCUAGGUGGAAAGUGUCGUCCUUGAUUAGCCUGUGCGGACCGCACAUGCUAAUAUGGACGACACUAUACGCACAUUCAUUAAACACCCUUUUAACAGAACAAGGCCGAUAUGCAUACUUUAAUAUCGUGUUUUCGUCUUCGUAUGAUACUUGUUGUAAAUUUUGUGAAUCAUAUACGCCAAAGUAUGACAGAUUAUUUACGUUCGACAAUGGACUUAUUUCGAGCUUUUUCUUUGUAUUAGUUAAAAUGGUUGACAGUUUUUGGAUCUCAAUUUGGUAUAUGAUUCUGCGUUUGCCCUUACAUGAUUUUUAACUAGAACUUUAUAUUACCGAUACUUAAAGUUGCCUGGGUAUGGAAUUUUGUGAUUAUCUCAUUUCAAAACUUAAAUAAGAUUUUUGUUUGAUCCCAUCAAUAGCAAUAUGGUAAAAAGCUGCGUGUGCAUACACUUAAUAUGUAACCAAUAAACAAUAUGCUCAGUGA